GUGCAUACCCCUGAUCCAUAUUCACACCAAACUAGAAAGAAACAUUCAUUUCUCUCUCUUAUAACACAUACACACACAUAAUGCAGAAACUAUCUGCAAUCUUAGUGGUGGUGCUCCUUUGUGCAGCCUCCAAUGGCGUCUUAUCUUUCACUGACGGGAUAUUACCAAAUGGGCAAUUCGAAUAUGGACCGAAACCGUCCCAAAUGAAGGGCACACGUGUGAUAGACCCGAAGGCAAUACCAAACUGGGAGCUCACGGGGUUCGUUGAGUACAUAAAAUCGGGACAAAAACAAGGGGACAUGUUGCUAGUGGUGCCUGAAGGUGCAUACGCGGUUAGGCUAGGAGAGGAUGCAUCGAUAAAGACAAAGGUGACGGUGAAGAAAGGGUUGUUUUAUUCCGUCACGUUUAAUGUUGCUAGAACAUGUGCCCAAGAGGAGAAGUUGAAUGUUUCGGUGUCGCCAAAUUCAGAGCCCAACGAUUGGGGAAUCUUGCCUAUGCAAACCAUGUAUAGUAGCAAUGGUUGGGACACGUACUCGUGGGGGUUCGUGGCUGAAGCCAAUGACAUUGAGAUCGUGAUCCAUAACCCGAGUGUUGAGAAAGAUCCUGCUUGCGGUCCUCUUAUCGAUUCUGUUGCAUUGAAGGCCCUAUUUCCCCCAAGAAGAACCAACACUAAUAUGUUGAAGAAUGGUGAUUUUGAGGAGGGUCCAUUUGUGUUGCCCAAAACCGAUGUCGGUGGAGUUCUAAUCCCUCCCAACAUCGAGGAUGACCAUUCGCCACUCCCGGGUUGGAUGAUCGAGUCACUAAAAGCCGUGAAGUAUUUAGAUGCUGAACACUUUGCAGUGCCCAAGGGAAAGCGUGCCGUAGAGCUAAUUGCCGGGAAAGAAAGUGCCAUUGCCCAGGUAGUCAAGACCAUCCCAGGCAAAGUAUACGCACUUUCUUUCGUUGUUGGAGAUGCCAACAACGCGUGUGAGGGGUCCAUGGUUGUAGAAGCAUUCGCCGGCAAAAACACUCUUAGGGUACCUUAUGAAUCUAAAGGCAAGGGCGGUUACAAACAAGCGGUUCUUAAGUUCAAGGCCGUGACAACACGUACACGAAUCAGGUUUUUAAGCACAUUUUAUCAGAUGAAGACCGAUGGUUCUCUUUGUGGUCCGAUCAUUGAUGAUGUGAGAUUGGUUGGUGUUCGAUACGCUAAACAUGCUUGAUUUGUUGUUUUACUUGUUUCACGAAAUCCUCAAAAGCGCGCGCUAUAGGGAUGUUUGAUCACCGCUUAUGAUGUUUAUUUAGCACGAUAUGUAUGUUAAUGUUGUUUCUGUUGUGUACUAGAAAGAAAAACAUGUUUAAUUGAUGUUUACAACAAAAAUAGAUAAAUCCAAGUAAUUAUUUUAUAAGUAA